UGUGCCCAGGAGCAGGGCACAGACAGAAGCUCAGACAACUCCAACCAGGACCAGCCAGAGAAAUCCAGCUCAGGAGGCUGCCCCAAACUGGUAAGUUGAGUCUGAGUGGUUGGGAUGGAAAGGGCCAGGCCAGUUUCUCAACACCGUGCUUGGUGGUAAAAUAUAAUAGAGGCUAAGCUGGGUGGGCUCUUUAUGACCAUUAUCCCUCAUGCCCAUUUUAUACAUGACUAAACUGAGGCCCAUCAAAUCAAGAAAGAGAAAAUAAACGACAUUGCUGUCAUCUUGUGAGGGGUCAUUAUCUUUUGGAGUAGGAGGAAAUGAAAUUGCCCCACGGGGUGAAGCAUGUGUGUUACCUUGAUUCCGGGGCAGUGAUCCACCUCCUGGGGGCCAUCAGUCAUGGCCAGGCAUGGGGGCUGCAGCCUCCAAAGCUGGAGGCUCUGCAGAACAUGAUGGAGGUCAGCUCAGCAUUACCUGCCCAGAGGUGCAGAAGGAAGAAAAGGCGCAUGGCCAGGGGCCUCACUGGGUGCCAGGAGAGGCUGCCUGUUCAGGAGGCUCGUGCUGAAUGUCCAGGGUUCAGUCCAGUAGACGCUGCAGAGGAGGAGCCUGGUGAACUAGAUGGGGGAGAGGACUCAGCUCAGCUUCAGCCCCAACAGGAGAAGCCAUCUCUGGAUAUUGAGAUACGGUGCACUGUGAUCCGUACCCUGCAGGAGGUGCUGUUGAGUCGCCUCAGGGAGCUCCCAGACCUGGUGCUGAGUGAGGAGGAGGUAGAGGGCAUUGCUGCUGACAUUGAGGCAGCCCUCUUCGACCUGACACAAGCCACCAACUACCGCUACAAGACCAAGUACCGCAGCCUGCUGUUCAACCUGCGUGACCACAGGAACCCUGAGCUGUUUCUCAAAGUGGUUCAUGGAGAUGUCACUCCCCACGGACUGGUGCGGAUGAACUCAAUCCAGCUGGCCCCGCAAGAGCUGGCCCGCUGGCGGGACCAGGAGGAGAAAAGGGGCCUGGAGAUCAUUGAGCAGCAACAGAAGGAGCCAUGCAGCCUCCCAACCUCCAAACUGACCCACAAGGGUGAAGUGGAGAUCCUGCGGGAUGUGGACCAGAUGCUGACCCUGGAGGAUCUGGUGGGACCCAUGGUGCCCAUAGACUGCAGCCCACUGGCCCUGCCUGCCACAUCGAAGGACCCCACGGCACAGCAGGAACACCACUUCCUAGACCCCUAUUCCUGCAAGGACUGGAAGCCCUCGGGUGAGCUGCCAGCCUCCUGCGAAGCCACCAGCAGGGUGGAGGACAGUGUCUUCCAGAGAGACCCAAGCCCAGGCCCUGUGUCCUCUCCAGAGAUGCCUCAAAUCAGGGAGAAACUGCCCAUGGAGCCCCAGGACAGGCUCCAGAUGCCUGCUGGACCCAAAAAGGCCCUGCCCAGCCAGCCGCUCUGGGAGGGGGCUCUGGAAAUGUUCUCCAUCAAGCGGUUCCGGGUGAAGGCCCAGCUGGUCUCAGGACACAGUAGUUGGCUCAUCACGGCCCUGCCGGAGGUGAUUCGCUCAGCAGGCUGCAUCCCCUCCAACACCAUGUGGGACCUUCUGGCCAGCAUCUGCCCAGCUGAGGCCAAGGACGUCUGUGUGGUCAGACUGCACCCACAGGGGGCUCGGGACACCGAGAACUGCCGCCUGCUCUACUCUUACCUCAACAAUAAGCAGUGCCACAGCCUGGCAGCUGUGGAACACAUGACGAUGGUGCUGCUGCCCUUGCCUGCCUUCCAGCCCCUGCCCUCCAGACUGCGCCUUCUUGGAGGCCCAGGCCUGGAAGCUACUCACUCAAGUCUGCUGCUGGCUGUGCUGCUCCCCAAGGAAGGGCUUCCAAACACAGCAAAGUCCAGCCCCUUGCUGGGGAAGGUUCGCAAGACGGUCUCCUUCAACAAAAAAGUGGAGACGAGAUGCUACCAUUCUGAUGACAGGAGGCCGGAUGUGGCCCUGAAGGGCUCCCCUCCCCCAGAGGGUAUCCAGCAGCAGAGCCAGGGAAAAGGAAGCCUGGUUCCCAGGGGAAUCUGUGGUUGGCAGAGGCCCCACAGAGGCAGGGGUAGAUUAUGGGAAGAACCUGAAACCUGGCAGGCUCCUGGGCAAGGGCAAUGGCCCCCAAAAUCAGACUGUUGGCAGGCCUGGCAUCCCUAUUUUGCAGCACCAGUUGGCCAUGGCCAGCACCUCCACAUGGCCUCCUGUCCCCACCAAGCCCUGCUCCAGCAUCUUGAAUCCCUGGUGACCAUGAGCCACCAGCUCCAAGCCUCACUGAAGUCCCCAGACCAGGAGCUGCUUUCCCAGCCCCCUGUAACCCCUGGAAUUCUUGGCCUCUUUUGCCAGCCCCCUGUAGCUCCAGAGCCCCCUGGCCCAGCCCCCAACUCCUCUUUGGGCCCUAUAGAUGGAGCUGGCUUUCAGUGUCCCCUCCCUAGAGAGACCUACCCUCAUUACCCACCAGAAGAAAGGCUUUGAUUCUCUCCCCAGUACUGAACCCCGAACUGUUCAGAGAGAGACCGGCCGAGGAAGGGGAGGGCCUGUUCAACCCACCUGCCCUGUUUGAGUUUCCUGUUCUGCAUUCUGCUUAGCGUUGAUUUUUGG